AUGAGGCUACAAUCGCUUUUAGUUUGGCUUAAUGCAGCAACCAUCGCUUGGUCAUAUCCAUAUGAACCUUUAAGGGUUUUACAAGUAGGAGAGAAUGAAGUAAUUAAAGUUCCCGAAUCAGAAAAGCUGAACCUGCUAAGAAGAGGUGUCAAAUUCUUUGAUGUGACCAGACACACUUCUUCCUUACCUUUUUUUAACAAAGAGGAAGAGCCAGUAGUGCCAGUGUAUAAUUAUCCGGCUGAGAUAUCCAACAAAGAAAUCGUGGAUGGUUUGAUUGAGAACAUAGACGAGGAGUCUAUGCACAAGAACCUGGCAAAGUUUACAAGUUUUUAUACUCGCUACUACAAGUCCGACCAUGGAUUUGAGUCUGCUGAGUGGUUAGCUGCAACUAUCGCCAACAUUACGAAAGAUAUUCCGCAGGAUACCUUGACUAUUGAACAUUUUGAUCAUAAAGAAUGGAAACAAUAUUCCAUUAUAGUCCGGAUCGCGGGAUCUACUACACCAGAGGAUAUUAUAGUAAUUGGUUCUCAUCAAGAUUCCAUCAAUUUGUUGCUACCAUCUAUCAUGGCAGCUCCAGGUGCAGACGACAAUGGAUCGGGCACGGUGACUAAUAUAGAGGCUCUAAGAUUAUACACUGAAUAUUUUUUGAAAAGAGAAUUCAGACCUAAUAAUACAGUAGAAUUUCACUUCUAUUCCGCCGAAGAGGGGGGGUUGUUGGGUUCUCUUGAUGUUUUUACAGAGUAUGCCAAACAGGAAAAACAAGUCAGAGCGAUGCUCCAGCAAGACAUGACAGGAUAUGUACCUGAACCGGAAGAUGAACAUGUGGGUAUUGUGACCGACUACACGACUCCCGCAUUAACUGAUUUUAUAAAACUAAUUGUUGACUCGUAUCUAUCCAUUCCUUACAGGGAUACAAAAUGUGGGUAUGCCUGUAGUGAUCAUGGAAGUGCUACCAGAAACGGAUUUCCAGGGUCGUUUGUAAUUGAAAGCGAGUUCAAGAAGACGAACAAAUAUAUUCACAGCACCAUGGAUACUUUGGAUAGGUUAAGUCUUGUUCAUAUGGCGGAGCAUACAAAAAUUGUAUUGGGGGUAAUCGUUGAGCUCGGUUCAUGGUCUGCUUGGUAA